AUGCAAUCCUCUGUUGUGUUUUGGGGACUUCUUGCCCUCAUCGGCACGUCCGGGGGCUCGUACCCUUUCAUGCAAUCCAUGAACCCUCACCUGCACCCUCGUCUGUACCACGGGUGCUACGGGGACAUCAUGACCAUGGAGACCUCUGGGGCUGCCUGUGAUGCAGACAGUUUGAUCAGCUGUGGGAUCCGUGGUUCUGAAAUGUUUGCUGAGAUGGAUUUGCGGGCCAUAAAGCCUUAUCAGACACUGAUCAAAGAAGUGGGGCAGAGGCAUUGUGUGGACCCUGCCGUCGUUGCGGCCAUCAUCUCCAGAGAAAGCCAUGGUGGAGCUGUUCUGCAAGAUGGCUGGGACCACAGGGGACUUAAAUUUGGCCUGAUGCAGCUCGAUAAACGAAUGUACCACCCUGUUGGUACCUGGAACAGCAGAGAACACCUAUUGCAGGCUGUUGGGAUUCUAACAGACAGAAUUAAGGCAAUCCAAAGAAAAUUCCCCACAUGGAGUGUGGCUCAACACCUCAAAGGUGGUCUCUCAGCCUUUAAGUCAGGAAUUGAAGCCAUUGUCACCCCAGCGGACAUAGACACUAACUUGGUCAACGACAUUCUUGCCCGAGCAAAAUUCUAUAAAAGACAUGGCUUCUAG